AUGGUAAUGAGCUCGGUUCAGGCAAAGUCAUUUUUUGGAGUGAUACAACGAAUUUAUAAGUUGUUCUCUACUUCAACAAAGAGGUGGGAUGAUUUGAAAUCCUUUGUAAAAGGUCGUAAAGGAAGAAGGCUUACUUUAAAGUCAUGGUCGGAUACACGCUGGAAGAGUCGUGUUGAUAGCGUCAAGGCUGUAAGAUUCCAAGCACCUCAGAUUAGAGAUGCAUUACUGCAUCUAGUGGAAAACAGAGGUGAUGCAACAACGGCUAGUGAUGCUAGAUCAUUGGCGGACUAUGAACUUCAAAGUUUUGAUUUUCUUGUGGGGAUAAUAAUCUGGUUUGAAAUAUUGCAAAAAGUGAAUUCAGUUAGCAAACUUUUCCAAAGAAAUGAUAUGGUCAUUGGUGAGAGUAUAAGCCUUUUACAAGGUUUGAUUGUUUUUUUGGAGGAAUACAGAAACUGCGGUUUUGAAGCUGCAAAAGUUGAAGCUCAAAAGAUUGCAUCGGAGAUGGAUGUGGAACCCGCCUUUUGUGAAAUUCAGAUUCGUCGCAAAAGUAAGCUUUUUGAUGAAAAUGCUCGAGAUGAACCAGUUCAAGGGGCCGAAGAAUAUUUCCGACUAAAUUAUUUUCUUCAAAUUGUUGAUAAUGCACUCUCUUCUCUUCAACUAAGGUUUGUGCAGUUUCAAAAGUAUGAAGAGAUUUUUGGAUUUCUAUUCAACUUGGCCAAGUUGAAAAACAUGGAUGAUGAAAGUUUGAAGCAUUCAUGUGUUGAACUUGAGAACUUUUUGAGACAUGGAGAUAAUUUUGAUAUUGAUGCACUUGAACUAUUUUCGGAGUUGCAAUUACUGAGAAAAGCAUUACCGGAUGGAUUAUCUAAACCAGUUGAAGUCUUGGAGUAUAUAAAAAAUUUGUAUCAUGGUUUUCCUAAUGCCUGGGUAGCUUACAGGAUAUUGUUGACCAUUCCGGUCACUGUUGCAUCUGCUGAAAGAAGUUUUUCCAAGCUGAAGUUGAUAAAGAAUUACCUUCGGUCAACUAUGUCUCAGGAUAGAUUGAAUGGUUUGACGAUGUUAUCCAUUGAAAAAAAAAAUAGUUGCGAAACUUGA